AUGGAUAUCACUUAUCCCGAAGUUUGUUCUUUACUUCAAUUUGGGGCACUUUCCGUGUACAGGACCCAUACUCAACUAAACAUUGAUGAGGCAGUACUAGCGAACACCGAUUUCGGAUGGGCAGUCGAGCUUGGGCAACCUGGCAGUAUCCCAGCCGUCGUGCUUCCUUCUGGUGGCAUGACAGCUAGGCGCCGAAAGGGUGUUACAGCUGAAUGUUUUUUUCCAAGCCUAGACAAGAGAAGUGGACAAGCAGAGGCCGGAUUCGAACCACGGACCUUCCGAUCAAAAGUGGGUCGAUCACAAUGUUCAAGAAGCCAGCUCCAGCACGAGGGCUGGGAUGCUGCCAGGUUGCCCAAGCCUAGACAGAGGAAGUCGAGUGGCAGAGGUCGGGUUCGAACCACGGACCUUCCGGUCAGUGCCGAGAAAAACCGUCCAGCCGUGACGUCCUUUCGAUGCCUAGUUGCUAGGCCACCCGAAGGAGACACGAGGGCUGAGAUACCAUCAGGUUGUCCACACCCAGACAGGAGCAAUCGACCCUAUGUGGUCGAGUUCGAACCACUGACUUACAAAUUACUCAAACGCUUAACGGAAGCUGGUCCCGUCUGGAUAUUUAAGGACUGUCAGCCAAUGCGCCUAAAAGUGGUUUAA